GGAGCUUCAACUAAGGAAGACAGAUCAUUUCAGAAACACCCUGCUGUCAAACGAAUAGCUGACAGAGAAGCUGUUGUGGACCUGUGCUAGCUGGUAGUAUAGUCAAGUAACUUGAACAGUAUAGUAACUGUGAUAGUAAAGUAACUUCAACGGUAUAGUAAUUGAGGAUUAACUGUCCAGAAUGAAGAUACUCCAUGUUGUCUCCUGCUGUCUUCUCUCAGCUCUGUGUGUGGUGGAGUCAGCUGUCAUGAAUGUGAAGGAUGUGGUGGGAGGACAAGUCAUGUUCGGCUGCUCAUUCACAUUGGCAGGGAACAACAUCAAAUACUUCUGCAAGGGGACAUGUUCUGGUAAAGAUAUUCUGGUUCAAACUAAUGGGAGAAAGAAUGUAUCUCAAGGUAGAUACAGUAUAGAUGACAACAGAUAUGGAGUCUUCUAUGUGACCAUCAAGAACCUGAGGAAGCCAGACUCUGGGACCUACUGGUGUGGAGUGGACCGAACUAUAAAGGACACAUACCAAGAGGUGUAUCUCACAGUUACAGAUGGUAAGUGA